AUGGUACAAACACGUAAUGCGACUCUAACCGAUUUGAUGAAAUGUAAAUUAACACAAAAGGGAAUGGAAUAUAGAGGUUCAAUAGCUAAAACUGCUGGUGAUAUUCGGUGUCAAUCUUGGUUUAUACAAGAUCCGUAUCAGGUUAGCAAAGAUAUAACUGACAACGAUUUUCCCGAAAAAUCAAUGAAAACAGCGAAAAAUUACUGUAGAAAUCCAACGGGAGAUGAUAGAGGUCCAUGGUGUUAUACCUUAGAACCUACGCUUAUAGACGACGAAUGCGAUGUGCCUCUUUGUAAUUUUGGAGGUAAUGUACCUAAGUCAGAAAUUCUCUUUUGUUCUAAGAAAUGUAGACAAUCAGGACCAGGAGCUGAUUAUGGAGGAACCAAAGAAAUCACUAGAACAAGAAGUAAAUGUAAAACAUGGCAUAAACGACUUCAACUUAAAACUGGAGAAAUCGUAAAAUUCAAGGAAAAUCAGUUUCCCGACAAAUCAGUUAAAAAUGCUGAAAAUUUUUGUAGAAAUCCUACAGGAGACGUUGGAGGACCAUGGUGUUACGUUGAUGAAGAAAACUUUGAAUACGUUGUGAAAGAGUAUUGUGAUAUUUCAUUUUGCGAUGAUAAAGAUUGUUUGGCAUUUACGAAGAAUUCAUCUGUAUAUACUAUAUUGGCAAAAUUACACGCACCUAGUGGUAAUAUUACAUUUUGGAUUAAAUUAUGGAAUCCUGAUGAUGAAAAAAUAGCAGAAGCUGCACUAAUUUUCACUCUUUUACCAGUACCAACUUCUUCAGAAAUCAUAGCUGAAGAAUGGACUGCAGGAGUUGAAAUGGUAUUUUCAAAUUCUGGCAGUCGUCAAACGUUUCCAAAAUAUGAUGAAGAAGAAAUUUUCGAAAGUAGUCCGGAAAUAUUAAUUGGAACAAGAUGGACAGGAAUAUGGGUAACUUGGGGAGGUGGUUUUAUUUCCGCUGGUAUCGAAGGAAAAUCGAAACCCAUAAUUAUGCAGGAAUAUAAGAAAAAACAUGGAAUUACGAGUUUACAUCUAGAUACAUUUCUAUAUUAUGGUGUUCGAGGAACAAACGUUUUAUGGAAUACACCAUUUUGUCAAAAACAUUGCGAUUUAUAUAUAACUUUUGGAAUUGAUUUUUCAAAAGUUUGGGCUAUGCAAAAACAUAACGAUACAAUUGACGUUCGAUUUUUUGCUCGAGCAAGCGAAAAUAUUCAAAUACGUUUAUACGAAACACCUAUAUUGGAAUAUCCUUAUAUACAUAUAACGUUGGGCAAAGAAGUCUCAACACUCGUGUAUCAAGCAUCAGAGGAAACUUCGAAACUUUAUCUGAAAGAGAUCACAACCUCAGAUAUACUCAAUUUUUGGUCAUGGAGAGAGUUUACCAUCAGUAUUUUUGGAACGCACUUUCACUUAUAUUCGCAUAAACAUAGAGGUGCUAUCGAAUUAAUGUACAUGAACGAAAAUUUUUUUGCCCAUUUGAGAUGGUUCAGUAUCGGAAGCGAAAAUACUAUUGCACAGUGGACACUAUUUUGUUCCCCGGAUGGUAAUAAAUCGGAUGCUGUAGAAGAUCCUUGGCCACCAAAUUGUCUUUCUGAAUUAAAAGAUUACGAUUACAAAGGUACACAGUGGACAAGCAUUAACGAAAUUCCAUGUGUUCCAUGGAUAUCAAAAGACGUUCCAUCAGAAAUUAAGGACGAUAAAAAAUUCAUCGAUGGAUCCGUUUUGAAGGCUCUUAAUAAAUGUAGAAAUCCCACUCAUGAUCCCAAAGGUCCCUAUUGUUACGCGUACACCCCUUGGGAAAGCGAAAUCAUCACGAAACGAUAUUGUAAGAUACAAAAGUGUAGAUCGACAGAAUGUCGAAUGGCAGGAACCGCGAACGAUUACAUGGGAAAACUUAUAAAAACACGUUCAGGACGUACUUGUGUCUCCUGGCCAAUCCCCCCACCGAUGCCCGAAGAGAGCAGGGCCCGUACUAUCAGAUCUGCCAUCGAGGGUCCUCGAGAAUUAAGGCCGUACUAUCACUUACUGCAGCGCUCUCCACAGCCGCCAAAACGUCCAGGACUUCCUUUCACUCCUAAACUCAUUGGAAUUGCCGGCCACGAGAUCUUCAAUGACAGCCGUUAUCCGGAUGGAAGUGCAUUGAACGCUAGCAAUUAUUGCAGAAAUCCAUCGCGCAAUAUAGGCGGCGCUUGGUGUUACACCGUUGAUCCUUCCCUACCACGGGAUCUUUGCAAUGUUAGAGACUGUGAAAAACCAGAAGAGUUUAUAGUUCUUGUCAGAGAGGAUAGUUUGGGUAGACGUUUAUUUAUUUUACCCGAUUAUCGUUCCGAAGGUUUACAUUUUUCUCUGAAAGUUUGGGAACCCGAUGAUCGAGAUACCGUUUCCAUUAUCUUUUUAGCCGAAGAUGGACUUAAAUCGCGUUUUAUUCUGAAAAUAGGAACAUUGGAUAAUGAAAAAGUGCUGCUCUAUUAUCAAUCAGAAACAUCACAUAUUGCCUUAGUCAAAAGGAAAACUUUGCCCCAUUUACUUUACACAGGGAAAUGGAGCAGUUUUAUAAUUCAAGUACCACGAGGAAAAUUUUUACUAUUUUACGAAGAUGAUCCUACACCUAUAUUUGAAUGGAUUAAUCCUAAUCCCUCUAUUGCUUUUCUACCUAUGUAUUAUUAUUAUGGUACCGAAGUGGGGAAUGCUGUUGGUUUCGCUUUCGAUCGUGAUUUAAAUUGUCAUAUAGAAAACACGAAAAUUGAUCGAUUCACGAGAAUUUUAUCGUUAUCAACGUGGAUAGAAAAAGAAGUAAUAAUUCCUGAACAUAUAACUUUUCAAAUACGUGGAAAUGGUGGAGUUCUUAUACCUUUAUAUCAGAUGCCUGCAAUUCCAGGGUCAUUAAUAAAAAAUAUUCAUAGAUGGUCCGAAUAUAUCAUAGAUAUUUAUUCUAAUUCAACAAAUGUGUUCCAUUAUCAACAUAACAAACCUCUCAUAUUUUAUUUCUUUUCUGUCGGAGCUGAACCGCCACAUUGGGUCACUUGGACUGCCAAUUGUAUGCCAAUAGAUAUAGAUGGACCACCAAUUGAUGGAGGUUGGUCAGAAUGGGGACCAUGGGCAUGCAGUGUAAGUUGCAAUGGUGGUACAGGGGUUCGAAAACGACGAUGUGAUUCUCCAAAACCUAAUUUUAGGGGUGAACCAUGUGUGGGGCCAAGUAAAAUGAUUGGACGUUGUAAUGAAAUAAUUUGUGGUGAUAUAACCGAAGAUACAAUAACUCAAAUAAAUCGAAGAAUUCGAAAAAAUUAUACAUCUCUCACGGUAAAAGAACACAAUGCAAUUACACUUAUAUCGGACGAUGACAUUGUUAAAUCUAUCAUUACGGAAUCUCCUCGUUCUGAAUUACAAUGGUCAUUAAAUGGUAUCUUUAUAGAAACAGAACCCGAUAGAUUGGAAUUGAAAGAUAAUAAUAUUGAUUUAGUGAUAAAAGAAGCUGUUUUAAAUGAUUCUGGCGUUUAUGCAAUGACAUUGCGUCGAGUUGAUGGAAAAUAUUCGAUCAUCAAAGUUAUAACUUUAGCGGUGAUUCCAGAGGAAGAAAAUUUAAAAGUGAGGGAAACUCAGGACACUACCAUACAAUGUCAUUGUGCUGUUCUAGGACAUAUUUAUUCAGAGCUUCAAGUGAUCUGGCUAGUACGUAAUAAAACGUAUAAAGAUUAUGGUAUUACACUUCCCAUUGCCGCCGAUAUCGAACAACUUACAAAAAUUAAUAAAACAUAUAAUGGAAUGUGGCAAUGCGUUGUGAAGCAAAACGAUUUGAACUUUGAGUGGAUAACAAAUAUGAUUUAUAUUAAAGUUCUAGGACCACCAAAUUGGCGUACGUACUUAAUGGAAGAUCAAGCAACACGUUUCUUUUUUGGUUGGUUACCAAACGAAGACUAUGUUGCUGCCUUUGUAGUGAUUCUUUUCUUAAUUUUAGUCGGUAUUAUAAUUUUAGGAUCUUAUUAUUACAUAAGAAUUCGAGAAAGUGCAAGAAGAAUAAUUGAUUUAACCGACGUAGUCAGAAGUCCAAGAACUUCACGAUAUGAACCAUUAUUUAAAAUUCCUACAAUAAUCGUAGAAGAAAUAGAAACUCCCGAAGAAACUGCUGAAGAAGAAGCAACUACGGAAGAUCAAGUGACUACCGAAGAUCAAGUGACUACUGAAGAUCAAGUGACUACCGAAGAUCAAACUACUACUGAAGUAACUACUGAAGAUCAAACAACUACCGAAGCAACUACAGAUCAAGAGCAAACAAUAAUUACAAGAGCAAAUCGAAGAUAGAUCAAAGUAUUAAACAAUCACUUCUUGAAAAUAGAACACAGUGUUUAUUAUAUAUAAUUAUUAUUAUUAAAAUUAUUAUCAAUUAUCAUAUAAUUAUAUCAUAUAAUUAUAAUAUAAUAUAAUAUAAUUAUAAUUAAAAUUUUACCAAUUUAAAUUUAUUAUUCACGAAUUAAAAUUAUAUAUCUAUAUUAUUGCAUAUGAGCGUAUAAUUUUUUCAACUUUGGAACAAAAAACAUCAAUAAUAAAAACAGUCGCGUUAAAUAUUGAAAAAACCGGUUCAAUAUUAAAAACUUGAGAAAAUUGCUCGAGAAGGUGACGGGUAGAGCGAGCGGCGAACGAGAAGAAGAGGAAGGGCGAGAGAAAGAGAUCAGAGUGGCGGCUAGCGACGAAGCAAAGUGGACGAAGACGAGACCGAAGAACGAGGAAGGAGGAAAGAAGUUGGACGGAAAGAAGAAUGAGCCGGAGUAAAAGGUUGAAGCGAGAUGGAACGGUGUGGAAUCAGGGAGGCAGGCCUCGGUUGGUUGGCAGAAGAUCGCCAAGGUGCAGGCCCGAGGAAACGCGACGAAAGAAAGAAAUAAGAGAGUCCAGAAGGCUGUUAGGUGGAAGAAAUGGCGAGGAGCAGGAGAGCGGUGGAUAAAAGGAUAUGGUAGGGCGUGGAAGCGGGAAGAUGGUAGGGAAGAAGGUAGAAGAGGAUGGACUCGAGUGGCCGGCUAGUGA